AUGUCACGCGCCUCCGCCGGCUUUGCAGAUUUCUUCCCAACCGCCCCAUCGGUCCUUCAACAGAAACGUUUCAAAACGUCGCAAGAACGACAAUUUAAACAUGCCGAAGGCGAAGAACUUCCUGAAGAGAUUCCCGGCUCUUUAGGGCCCGCGGGCUCAAGCGCAUCAGCCACCGUCGAGACCUCGGAAGAUAACAGCGAAGCUCGAAAGAAUUUAGCCCUCAACGGGGUCGGCUUGAUCGUCCCUGUCAAUGAAAAUGGGUUGGAUGUGGCUGAGCUACCCGCGGCGCCUACGACAAAUUCGCUCCUAUCCCAAAUCGACACCUUGACGCCGCUCACCAAUGCCGAGUCAUCACCUCCGUGCAAAGUAAGCAGUCCAUCGCAGUUCAAGGUGGCCGAUAAACCGCUUCCAGUCACUUCAGCACGAGCCAAUCUUGAACAUUGCAAACCAUCCAUCACUCCCAUCCAUACCCCUCCCACUCCCCAAUCACAGACACGGCAUGAAUAUCAUGUGCGAGGCUGCAAGGCCGUGUACGAUCCCGAUCUGGAUAAGCGAGCACUCUCUAAAGACAAACGCAAAAAGGCCGAAUACGUCGAUAUUGUCUACGCGCCAGGUGAUUAUCCUUCCGACCCACGUCUUGCAAUCGCCAACUAUACCCGUGGAUCCAGCUGCAAGCAAAAGACAAAGUACCGCCCCGCGCCUUACACUUUGAAGCCAUGGCCACACGAUGCGGCAAGCAUAGGUCCAGGGCCUCCAGUUCAGGUCGUCGUCACAGGAUUUGAUCCUUUGACCCCGAUUACUCCGAUCAGCGCGCUUUUCUCAAGCUUUGGAGACAUCGCCGAAAUUCAAAAUCGUACGGAUCCUAUCACUGGUCGAUUUCUUGGGAUCUGUUCCAUCAAGUACAAGGAUAGCGUCUCAUCCCGGGGAAGUGGCCCCGUUUCGGCAUCCAACGCUGCAAGGCGUGCAUAUCUUGAAUGCAAAAAGGAACAACGAAUCGGAACACGCAGGAUCAGAGUCGAUUUGGAUCGUGAUGGCAAAAUCUCGGACAGAAUGGCCGCCAAGGCUGUCGAAUCUCAACGAUCAGCCUCUAAAAGUAACAAUCAAGAUGCCAGCGACACGAGACAAGAUACGCAAGUGAAGAAAAGUGAGCCGCCACCAACCGCACCUAAAGGUCCUUCGGGUCGGUCCUCAAUUCGACCCGGGGUUGUCAUUCCAGAAGGACCCAGGGCUGGUGUUCGAUCUCCUGUCGUACAGUCCCUAGUUGAAGAUACUGCCAUUUUGAGUCAGAUCAAGCGCGAUCCAUACAUCUUCAUUGCCCACUGCUAUGUCCCAGUUCUUAGCACAACGGUCCCGCAUCUGAGAAAGAGGCUCAGACUCUUUGGCUACAAGCACAUUCGUUGUGACAAGACCGGAUAUUACAUCAUCUUUGAAAACUCACGACGAGGCGAAGAAGAAACGGAGCGAUGCCAUAGACAAUGUCAUAUGCAGCCAUUGUUCACAUAUAUCAUGAACAUGGAGAGCCAACCUUACGGGAACCCUAACUACGAGCGAAGUCCGAGCCCUGAACGUCUGCGGGCUGAUCGACGAGACAAGGCGGAAAAAGAACGGAUAAGGAAGGAAGCUGAUUUAGAUAUCGAGGAAGAGAAAAAGCAACGGGCAAUCUUCUUGGAUCCAUGUCGGGAAGUGCUUUCAAUCAUUAUCCGCGACCUGAGAGACAAGCUCCUUGAGGAUGUCAAGUCACGCAUAGCGGGCCCGGCUCUCUAUGAUUAUCUGGAACCGGGCAAACAUGCCUCUAGAAGAGAGAAGCUGGGCAUUCCGGAACCCGAAGGUACCAAAAGGUCCGUAUUUCGGAUUGACAGUGCUCUUGGCACCCCUGACUCUCGAUCUGAACUUUCCGGUGGACGAGACCCUCUUCGGUCCUCGUCAGGUCUUAAUAUUCUUGCUCUUCCUCGGAUCCGAAAGGCACAUGGUCUUGACCGUGUUGGUGCUGCUUUCUUGGACGAACGACGAAGACAGCCAUCACGAAAGAAAGAAGUCCGACCUCUGUAUCAUCGCUUACAGCAAUUACAUGAUGAUGAAGACUCAGAUGACGACCAGCGCACCCCUGUUACGAGAGACAUUGACGAGCGAGAAAGUCGACCACCCAGCCGCGCAAGCUCUGCAUCGUCAGAGUUUGAACAGGACAACGAUUACCAGUCUGAUGACUUGAGAUCAUUGCAAGAAAGCGAAGAGCAGGGAGCUGUAGCUGUCAACACAGAUGUCGAGCGACUUCCUGAUGAUUUCGACGACUUGUCCCCUAGGUCUCGCAAGAGGAAACGGCUGACUGGAGAACCUGACGCACGCAAGAGGCAGCGACAGGACGAUGAGCUUUUCGGGAUUGACUCGGCUGGGCAUACUCACACCGAUAUCGAUCUGGAUAUUCCUGCUACCAUUAUUGAAGAUUAUACAGCGGUUGACAGCAAAUUUAGCGGCAAUGAACCGGACGAUGAAGUUGCCGAAUACCUCACAACCAAGGACUUCGAGCGCGAUGAUUUGUCUGUUGGCGAAGCCUACAAAGUGGACUCCGUCGAUAAACCCAAAACAGAGAUUGAAUGGGGUGUCUCCAGGGAUGAACCCCGUGCGACAGUUGAAGACGAUGAAAACAUCGUUUUGGAUUUGGACGGUUGGCAGCAUCUGGUGAAGGACGACGAAGACUUACGAUUCUUGCGGGAAAUUUUACUGGAUCAGUCAGAAUCCCGUAUUGGAAACCUCGCCGCGUGGGGUUGGAAGCAAAAGGAGAUCAAGACUCUCAACGGCCUGGAAACUGGAACUACACAAGAUGCCAUCAGUAUUUCUGGCUAUUAUGUUCCAAACCUUUCUGGAGCCGCUCGAACCGAAGGACGAAAAAGGAUUCUUGAGGCCGAAAAGUCCAAAUACCUACCUCACCGUAUCAAGGUCCAAAAGGCUCGGGAAGAGCGUGAAGCCAACGCGAAAGCAGAUCCCCAGGCAGCUGCAGCAGAAGCCGCCAGAAUUGCAGCUGCCAAGACCAUAUCCAAAUCGACAUCCCGGUCGACACGAGUCAACAAUCGUCGACUUAUUGCAGAUAUCAAUGCACAGAAGCAAGCCCUGCCGACUUCAAGCGGCGAAGGAGAUGUGCUUCGUUUCAAUCAGCUCAAAAAGCGCAAGAAGCCGGUUCGCUUCGCUCGCUCUGCAAUUCACAACUGGGGCUUGUAUGCCGAGGAGAAUAUCACUGCCAAUGAUAUGAUCAUUGAGUACGUCGGCGAAAAAGUCCGUCAGCAAGUUGCAGACAUGAGAGAAAGGCGAUACUUGAAAAGCGGUAUUGGCAGCAGCUACCUCUUCCGAAUUGAUGAGAACACUGUGAUUGAUGCCACCAAAAGAGGAGGAAUCGCACGUUUUAUCAACCACAGUUGUACACCUAACUGCACUGCGAAAAUUAUCAAAGUGGACGGCAGUAAACGAAUUGUGAUUUAUGCGCUCAGGGACAUCGAACGAGAUGAGGAGCUCACCUACGAUUACAAAUUCGAGAGAGAAUGGGACAGCGAUGACCGAAUUCCCUGUCUUUGUGGUUCAACAGGCUGCAAGGGAUUCCUGAACUAG